AUGGGCCUCCGGGUUAGUCAGGUUGAUAUCAAUGGGCUUCGCAACAAGAUAGCCGCCAUUAUGGGUCCUAUCCUGUUGGAUGCAGGUGACCAAGUAGAGGAGAAACGGCGGCAAUUGUCAGUUUCACUGGAGGAUGGCAAGCUAUAUAAGGGUUGCCGGCUUCUAUUGUCCUUCCGCUAUGUCUUACGAAGUCUAUACCGCCGAAUACAUUGGUCAGCCAAACCAUGUUGCCAUCUACAUCGAAACGCAGCCCAGCACAAAUGA